AUGAAGCUGUGGGGAGAUUUGCCGCUAACGGCGGUGCUGACGUUGCUGCUGUGCGGAGCCUGUGUGAUCCAAGUCAGGGGUGAUUGUGGUAAACCCCCAAGAUUGAACAAUGGAUUUCCAGUUACUGAUCUUACUCAGACCUCAUUUCCUGUGGGUACGAAAAUUCGUUACAGGUGUAACGAAGGUUUCAGCUUGGCUCAAGGAAAAUCCCCAUUUAUCACUUGCCAGGCUGAUUCAUCAUGGACAGCGUUUGUGACCGUUUGUGAAGCAAGAAGCUGUGGUGCCCCGCCAGAUAUUGAGAAUGGAUAUUAUGAAGCAACAUCUGUUGUUUUUGGAGGCAGAGUUACAUAUUAUUGUGAUGAAGGAUACGAUUUGAUUGGUAGAUCAUCCCAAAACUGUAUAGCUGAGGGUUGGGAUGGCAGAACCCCAGUCUGUGAUCCUGUGAAAUGUCCUGAUCUUCCACCUAUUGCUAAUGGGAGAACUCCACCACUGUUUACGGAUUUCUGGGAAUAUCCAAACUCAGCUACAUAUAAAUGUAACGCUGGAUUUACAUUGAUUGGUCAGAAGACAAUUACUUGCUUGGUGACUGGCAGGUGGAAUCAUAAACCUCCGGAAUGCAAAGUUGUUGAAUGUUGGCGUCCCGAUCCUCCAAUCAAAAAUGGAAUGAUAAAAUCAGGAUUUGGACCCAAGUACAAGUAUCGUGAGGCGAUUAUCUACCAAUGCAAUGAAGGUUUUCGAAUGUUUGGCAAAGAUAUGGUUCAAUGUAGAGCAGAUAAUACAUUUGAACCAGCACCUCUCUGCAUUCCAGGCGCUCUGAGAUGCUACCCAGUAUGA